UUGAAUACAGAUUACCUGGACAUCUUCCCUGUUUUGUCUAAAGCUUGCCUGAACCGAGUAAAAAAAAGCUGUGUUGUUGAGCUCCAAAUUCCUCACAAAGUCAAGGCAAUGGAAACUGCUUCUGCUAAAGUUGAAAGCUUUUGACGGAUCCUCAGAGAAGUAUGGUGUGUUCAUAAGAAAGUGUUGCAGCUGAGAUUGAAAGUUUAUAAUGGAGUCUUGUAAUUGCAUUGACCCGCAAUGGCCUGCCGACGAGUUACUGAUGAAGUAUCAGUAUAUAUCAGAUUUCUUCAUCGCACUUGCUUAUUUUUCCAUCCCAGUUGAGUUGAUAUACUUUGUUAAGAAAUCUGCAGUUUUUCCUUAUAGAUGGGUGCUUGUGCAGUUCGGUGCAUUUAUUAUUCUUUGUGGAGCUACACACUUUAUAAACUUAUGGACAUUUGGCAUGCAUACAAGAACAGUAGCUAUAGUCAUGACAACCGCAAAGCUAUUGACUGCAUUAGUUUCAUGUGUGACUGCGCUCAUGCUAGUGCACAUUAUACCUGAUUUAUUAAGUGUCAAAACUAGGGAACUGUUCUUAAAAAACAAGGCUGCAGAACUUGAUCGAGAAAUGGGCCUUAUCCGCACACAAGAAGAGACAGGUAGACAUGUUAGAAUGCUUACUCAUGAAAUUAGAAGCACUCUUGAUAGGCAUACUAUUUUAAAGACUACACUUGUGGAGUUGGGAAGGACGCUAGGUUUGGAAGAGUGUGCACUGUGGAUGCCUACCCGUACUGGACUAGAGCUUCAGCUUUCAUACACUCUUCGGCACCAAAAUCCUGUUGGAUUUACUGUACCAAUUCACCUUCCUGUAAUUAGUCAAGUAUUCCAUACGAAUCGUGCGGUGAAAAUAUCGCCAAAUUCUCCAGUAGCAAGGUUACGGCCUGCUGGGAAGUACUUGCCAGGCGAGGUGGUUGCCAUCCGUGUCCCUCUUCUGCAUCUCUCAAAUUUCCAAAUUAAUGACUGGCCUGAACUUUCGACAAAACGCUAUGCUUUGAUGGUUUUGAUGCUUCCUUCAGACAGCGCUAGACAAUGGCAUGUCCAUGAGUUGGAGCUUGUUGAAGUUGUGGCUGAUCAGGUUGCUGUUGCUCUCUCCCAUGCUGCAAUUUUAGAAGAGUCAAUGAGGGCAAGGGAUCUUCUUGUGGAGCAGAACAUUGCCCUUGAUCUGGCAAGAAGAGAAGCUGAAACAGCUGUUCGUGCUCGUAACGAUUUCUUGGCUGUUAUGAAUCACGAGAUGAGAACACCCAUGCAUGCAAUAAUAGCACUUUCUUCCUUAUUACAAGAAACCAAGUUGACGCCUGAACAGCGUCUGAUGGUGGAAACAAUCCUCAAAAGCAGCAAUCUUUUGGCAACACUCAUCAAUGAUGUCUUGGAUCUUUCAAGACUAGAGGAUGGUAGCCUGCAACUCGAGAUAGUCACUUUUAACCUUCACGCUCUCUUUUGGGAGGUCCAUAAUUUGAUAAAGCCAAUUGCCUCUGUGAAAAAGCUGUCUGUUACUCUAAGUUUGUCUCCAGAUUUGCCCGAGUAUGCCAUUGGUGAUGAAAAACGGCUAAUGCAAGUUCUGUUGAAUGUUGUUGGCAACGCUGUAAAAUUCUCUAAAGAAGGCAGUGUAUCGAUUUCUGCUUUUGUUGCUAAAUCGGAAUUUUUAAGAGAUCCUCAAGCUCCUGACUUCUUCCCAGUGAUAACUGAAAAUCAAUUUUAUUUACGUGUACAGGUUAAAGAUACAGGAGUGGGAAUUAACCCUCUGGACAUUCCCAAAAUCUUUAGCAAAUUUGCUCAAAACCAAUCAUUGUCUACUAAAAACUCUGGUGGUUCUGGGCUUGGCCUUGCUAUUUGUAAGAGGUUCGUAAAUCUUAUGGAAGGACAUAUUUGGAUUGAAAGUGAAGGUCUUGGCAAAGGAGCUACUGCUAUUUUUAUCGUCAAACUUGGAAUUCCUGGACUCUCAAAUGAAUUGAAUCCCACUCUUGUUCCCAAACUUCCAGCUAAUCAUAUCCACACAAUUUUUUUAGGACUCAAAGUUUUGCUUAUGGAUGAUAAUAGUAUGAGCAGGACGGUGACCAAGGGACUGCUGGCACACCUCGGGUUUGAUGUAACAACUGCGAAUUCUGGAGACGAGUGCUUGAGAGCGGUUAACCAUGAGCACAAGGUAGUAAUUAUAGAUGUGAGCAUGACAGGUGUAGAUGGAUACAAGCUCGCUAAUCAGAUACAUGAAAAGUUCUCGAAACGUCACGAGAGGCCAUUCAUCGUGGGGCUUAUAGGAACCACGGACCGAGUGAUGAAAGAAAAAUGCUUGAGGGCUGGUAUGGAUGGAGUAAUACUAAAACCCGUUUCUGUGGAGAAAAUGAGGAAUGUUUUAACCGAGCUUUUUGAGCAUGGCGUUGUCCUUGAAGCUCAGUAGGAUAGGGUAAGGGUUGCGGGAGGACGAGGACGAGGAAGCGGUGUGUAUAUAUGAUUCAGCAUUGCGGCAAAAUGGCAAGCUGUCGAUCCAGUUUACAUACAAAUGGUACUUAUAGAAGUACAAAUUUGUAGAAUGAUGAUGUUGAGAAACCAUGAUGCAUUUGUAGAGAACAAUAAUUUUUCUUCUGAGUAAUUCUUGCAGUGUUUUGCAUUUUAUAUCUGCUUCUCUCAUCUUCAAUAUAUAUAUGUAUACUUCAAGACAGCCAUGCUUGAAGAUGUCAAUGGAGUACCCUUCCAGGAAAGGAAACAAAGAGUUAUUAUCAGCAUGUUUAGUUCUAUGGAACAAGUCAUCAAUAGAAUAGCAUUUCUUGAAAUAGACUUAUUACAUCAGCAAACUGGAUAGUGGAGUAGAAUAACAAUUCUUAAUCUA